AGAGGCGCGGGAGGGCGGGGACCGGCGUUGUCGACCUGCAGCCCUCGCGGCCCCCGCUGCCGCUGCCGCUGCCGCCGCCGCCGCCGCCGCGUUCCCCCAGUCACUGCGUCAACCCCCGCUGGGCCGCGGAGCCCUCAUCGCUGUCCGCGGAGGCCUGGCGCUGCGCGAUUGCUGCGGAGCCGCGGGGCUGUACCGCCGCUUACCCUUCCCUGAGCGCUGCCUGAGCUGGCUGCGAGCACAUCGGGGAGAGGUGGGCUGGCUCCUCCCCUGCCGCUGGAAGGAUGCCCCCGCCGCUGCCUCCGGCUCCCGGGGCUCGGGAAGAUGGUCACUUCAGGCCGGUCUCCCGGCGAUCCUCUCCGGGCCUAGACACCCCGCCGAGGGCCCCAGCGAGCUUGCCUGGCUCCCAGCCCUCUCCUCUCUCCGUGCCAUCCGUUUGUAACGUCUUUUCACGUCCCUCCGUCCCUCCGCCCCCCAUCCUCCGCCCAACUAGUGUCGCUCUGUCGCCCAGGCUGGAGUGCAGUGGUGAGAUCUCAGCUCACUGCAACCUCCGCCUCCCGGGUUCAAGCGAUUCUCCUGCCUCAGCCUCCUGAGUAGGUGGGAUUACGCCUGGCCACAUGUAUAUUUUUCUGGAACUACCUUAUUCAAUCAUUCAGUAUUUUAUGCAUGGGGUUUGUAAGGAAGGAGACAACUGUCGCUACUCGCAUGACCUCUCUGACAGUCCGUAUAGUGUAGUGUGCAAGUAUUUUCAGCGAGGGUACUGUAUUUAUGGAGACCGCUGCAGAUAUGAACAUAGCAAGCCAUUGAAACAGGAAGAAGCAAGUGUUACAGAGCUAACUACAAAGUCAUCCCUUGCUGCUUCCUCAAGUCUGUCAUCGAUAGUUGGACCACUUGUUGAAAUGAAUACAGGCGAAGCUGAGUCAAGAAAUUCAAACUUUGCAACUGUAGGAGCAGGUUCAGAGGACUGGGUGAAUGCUAUUGAGUUUGUUCCUGGGCAACCCUACUGUGGCCGUACUGCGCCUUCCUGCACUGAAGCACCCCCGCAGGGCUCAGUGACCAAGGAAGAAUCAGAGAAAGAGCAAACCGCCGUGGAGACAAAGAAGCAGCUGUGCCCCUAUGCUGCAGUGGGAGAGUGCCGAUACGGGGAGAACUGUGUGUAUCUCCACGGGGAUUCUUGUGACAUGUGUGGGCUGCAGGUCCUGCAUCCGAUGGAUGCUGCCCAGAGAUCACAGCAUAUCAAAUCGUGCAUUGAGGCCCAUGAGAAGGACAUGGAGCUCUCAUUUGCCGUGCAGCGCAGCAAGGACAUGGUGUGUGGGAUCUGCAUGGAGGUGGUCUAUGAGAAAGCCAACCCCAGUGAGCGCCGCUUCGGGAUCCUCUCCAACUGCAACCACACCUACUGUCUCAAGUGCAUUCGCAAGUGGAGGAGUGCUAAGCAAUUUGAGAGCAAGAUCAUAAAGUCCUGCCCAGAAUGCCGGAUCACAUCUAACUUUGUCAUUCCAAGUGAGUACUGGGUGGAGGAGAAAGAAGAGAAGCAGAAACUCAUUCUGAAAUACAAGGAGGCAAUGAGCAACAAGGCGUGCAGGUAUUUUGAUGAAGGACGUGGGAGCUGCCCAUUUGGAGGGAACUGUUUUUACAAGCAUGCGUACCCUGAUGGCCGUAGAGAGGAGCCACAGAGACAGAAAGUGGGAACAUCAAGCAGAUACCGGGCCCAACGAAGGAACCACUUCUGGGAACUCAUUGAGGAAAGAGAGAACAGCAACCCCUUUGACAACGAUGAAGAAGAGGUUGUCACCUUUGAGCUGGGCGAGAUGUUGCUUAUGCUUUUGGCUGCAGGUGGGGACGACGAACUAACAGACUCUGAAGAUGAGUGGGACUUGUUUCAUGAUGAGCUGGAAGAUUUUUAUGACUUGGAUCUAUAGCAACCUUGCGUGGUGUGUGAACUGGUCUGCUGACCCCAGACAGCAGCUGUCCCCUGUGGUGGUGUGGCAGUGCCUGUGUUCUCUCCUAGGCAGGCCUCUCAACUCCAGGUGCUGUCUUAAGAAUUUUUACCCAGGGCCUGUCUUCUCAACCCCUCACCUUUCCCUGAGGAGUGUGUUGUUUUCCCUGUUGAAAAAAGUUACAAAAAUAAAUCUUAAAGUUAGUUUUUUGUAACACGAAUUUAACUGUCAGACAGUUAGUGUAGGUGUGUUGCGUCAUCUGUUUUCAACCAGAUUGCGUUUAUGGACUUUUCACACACUCAUUUUGAGGACCCCAGGUUCAAAAGUAAAAGCAGUGGCCCUGCUUUGGGGUCCAAGAAUAGGAGUGAUGGGUGAAGGGACCUAAGCUGGCCAAUAGCCCUCUGCCUCAGACAUGGGAUGUGGAUCCUUGAGGUUUCUGGUGAAAUCUGCACAUCUGUGAUUUUAUAUCUGUUCCCUACCCUGUAAUCCCUACCACGUGCACUUGUUCUGUGGUUUUGGUCUCUUGUUUAAUUGCACACAAGUAAUACUACUGGGUAACCAGAAUCAGGCGUGAAUGUGUUGAGAUUUUUACUGUUUCGCAUGAUAGGAAAAUUGAGAAAGAAUACAUAUAAAAUAUACAGAGGCAUAACAUCAAUGCAGAGUUGGAAGUUGACUCCCAAGGGCUGACAUGGUGUGUGUGAGUGUGGGUGUGUGAUAAGCUUCUCAUCCCUGCAUAGAUGCAGUAUUCUUAGCCUUAGAAAAACCUGGUUUAGUGGUUUAAGCCUUGUGUGGCAGAUAGAUCUUAAAGGGCAAAGCAGUAUAUUGGUAGUUGUCAAUAUAGCAGUGCUAGCUCUGUCUAUAUAAAUAGAGAAAUGGGGUUGGCCAUAGAGGUUAAAACUACUUGGUUAUCCCAUAUAUUAACACAAACUGGGUCUUGGAUACACAGUUGUAUUUAAUGUUUUACGAUCUAGCCUUUCCAGUACAGGCACUUUCUGAGAAACCUUUGUCCUCAUUUGAGGCAUUUUGUUGUCGGGUUUUUGUGUUUGUUUUUGUGGGUAUUUGCCUCAUUCCACCCCUGAGCUUUCAGGUAGACAGAUGUGAUUCAAAACUCUGUUCUAAGGUGUUUAUUGUAGUGGAGUAAUGGGUUUGCAGUGAUAAGUCAUACUUUUCCACCAAAGGGGAGGGCUUGGGAAUCCCUGAGACUAGCUAAAGUUAAGUUGUUGGAAGAAUUCCUUGAUUGGAAAUUUUACCUUUGUGUUUUGUUGCUCUGUUUCCUGAAAAUAACUCGGGGAUGCUCCUGGUUUGUCCAUCUACUGCUUUGAUUCCUUGGAUCCCACCCAUUCUUUCACUUUAAGAAAAAACAAA